ACUAGCCACAGAAGUUCAAUGCCGCGGCUGUUCGUGUGACUAACAUCUAGUUUGCCACGCCCUUACAGCGUCAGCAUCGGUACUAGAAGUGUCAAGUUAAUUUUGUUUACCAAAACAAAAGGUACUCUACAUGAAGGACACUUAAAAAUAGUAAAUUAUUGCAAUUAAAGUUAUUAAAAUAAUUAAUUGAGAAAAGUGACUACAGCGCCAUUGGAGUUCUAGUGUAUUUCUAUUCUUGCACCGGAGUUUACCAGAAAAAAGGUGCGUUUCUUCUUUAUUUCUCUUUCAGGAAGGGUGUCGUGUGCUUCCCCGUCGGUCGUUGUCUGUUGUCAAACAAAAAUAUCGCAAAACAAGCGAGAUAAGCAUACUUUACCGGCACAGAUAAAGCAAAGUUGACAACAAUAAAAAAAAAAUCGCAAUUGUUUUUGGGUUUUCGAUGAUUGGCUUACAAGGCAAAGUAUGAAUCUGGUAGUGUUUAGAGCGUUUAGCAUUAAGGAGAAACUUCAGAGAAUACAAAUAUGGUUGCCACAAUGGCCGACUUGGACCCCUACUCACGUUUUCAAGAGCACCAAUUUUAAAAGUUCGUAAACAAAUGCGCCUGAUUAGGAAAAGCUGCCUCUUUUUGCAAGAGAGCAAAGCCAGGAUAAACAAGUGCGCCUUGGUUCGGUGUUUCGUUCGUCGGAUUUGUGCCUCUAAAGUUUGUAUGCAAAAUUGCAAUGGGACUUCUUGAUGUUUCACCUUAAAGAUUUUCUUACUCUUUAUGUGUCUCAUUCGCAUUUCUGAAGAAUGCGAAUGUUACGAUUAUAUAAUGUGUCAAGUGUUAAGUCUUUUCAUCUUUGGCCUGCCUGUGCACACAGUCAAUUCUUUAUCAGUCGACUUCGAAGGUAACCUACUUAAAUAACCACGUUAGCUAUUUUGAGAUAGGAAAAGCUGGAGGCUGGUCCGCGGGUACGGUGUGCAGUAUCGAGUUAGGAAGUAUGCUAUAUCAUUAGAUAAUAUCUGCUCCGUGAAUCGUAUUCGCUAUUGAAUCUUUCAACCCGGAAUCGUCAUUCAAACGAGAAUUUCAAAAGGAGUACAACAUUAUUCUGUUUGGCGAAACUGGCUCAGGCAAAUCCACUAUGAUAAACUAUCUGACGAAUUAUUUCCAUAAUGGUACACCGAGGAAUUUCAAAAUUGCCAUUCCUACGAAAUAUCAUGAGGCAACCGAGGGUCUAGAGCACCACGAAGACAAUGUUCAGGAUGCUUCAAAAAGCCAAACAAGAGCCUGUACUAUAUAUGAUUUCAGAAAACAGGACACGAUAUUCAACUACAUUGACACCCCAGGCCUCAGUGAUACUGAAGGAGUUGCACAGGAUGACUUCAAUAUUCAACAAAUUAUGGGUGCUGCUGAGCAGAGCGGAGUGCUGACAGCAAUCAUCCUCGUUAUAAAUGGAACGCAAGCCCGAGCUACAGUAAACCUACGCAACACGUUGUGUCUGUUGAGAAGCUCAAUACCAGACGUCCUUCUGCAGAACCUCGUCGUAGUUCUGACAAACUGCUCUGCUACUUCCGUCAACUUCGAUCUGGCACAUUUGAAACCUUGGACUAUACCGGAAGCGAAUAUUUUCCACAUGAACAACUCUGCUCUCAGUAGACCAGUAUCACAAUGGAUAAACAACGAGCGCAUGAAGAAAGAUUUGGAAAGGGAAUGGGAAUACUCAAUGGAAACCAUCGACGAACUGAUCCAGAGCUUGAAGCUGUUCGGUGGAAAAGCGACCGAGGCUUUUAAGCAAAUGCGCAUAAACAGAGACAGGAUAAAAUCACAGCUACAUAGUAUCUUGCUGGACGUGAAGAAGUUCCAGGGUCUUCAAAACGAAUUAGGUAUUUUGAAAAUCACACAGCAAAAUAUAUCCACCGACAUCCAAAAAUAUUCCGACUUCAAGCGGACAAAGCGAGUGGAAUUCACAGAAUUUGAAAAAUGUAAUGAAUGCAGUACAAUCUGCUCUGUAUGCUCGAAAUUGUGCCGUGAGAAUUGGACAAAUGUCAAUUCAUUCCACGGAGUCCUUGGAAUGACACUAGCCUCUAAUAUGAGUCUCAGAGGCAUAAUGAACUUUUUCAAAACUAUCUUUACAGGGCUGUGUAAGUGCAAACAUUCACAUUUCAGACACUACGACGACAACGUUAGACCAGUCAAGAAAACAAAAACCGUCGAGGAAAUUCUCGAAGAUGUGAAAAACGCCUAUGAUCAUCACAUGAACAAAUGUGAGAAAAUAGAAUCUGAAAUCGGUGAUCUGGAUGCGGAUGUCGCUGCGCUGAAACAUGCGCUUGACGAGAAAGAAGUGGAAAUCCGCAAACACUGCAAUCAGCUUAAGGAGCUCUGCUCGCAGUUUAACUUUGUGGAUGAACUCCAGGGUGUGAUUGCCGUCAUGGACAGAGAUGCCCGUACGCUUACCUCGACGGAGGCAAGAGCCGAUGCCGAGAAGAGAAUCGGAAAUAUCAAACACGUGGUCGAUACGCUGUCAAGCUCUGGAAUGAGCGGCUAGAGCGUUAAAUUCUAAUAAAUCGCUUUGUUGAGGAGUAUUACAUCGAAAUAUAUAUUAACAUUGGGCUGAAACAAAUUGUUUAGUGUUGCUAUUGUCUUAUCAUAACCUAUAAAUGUGAAAUAAAGAUUUUUGGCCAUAUAUGCGGUUCGUUCGUUCCGCUGAGCGAUAUGCCUACUGGAUACUCUAGACUAAUAAAAGUGAGUUUCUAA